AUGCUGCGUGGUUUAAAAAGGUCAUUUAUGUCCGAUGAACAAGGCGAGAAUAUUGAAUAUUUUGGAGGUUACGGAGGUGAAGAAUUCAUUGUCAGAAAAAAUAAUGAAGAAAUGAAUGUAUUAUCAAUGGAAAAAAAUUUGAAGAAAAUGAAGAAAAUGAGGUUGAAUUUGGACCAAGAUGCUUCAAG